AUGAAAGCCGAUAUCGAUUUUCCAUGGCGACAAACCAAAGACUUAUCGAGUGAAGACGGCCCCGACGAAGCCGCUCGUGAGCCAGCAGGUCGGAACAUGCCGCGAUAUGAUGCUGAUUCCCCGACCGACAAGCUCGUGCGUAAGCUGGCGCGAGUCACCCACGGAACCCCGGUUGUCAAUGGACGACAAGAAAAAAGGAAGCGCCAGACCGGGUUCGAACCAGUGACCCUCAGAGCUGCAAUCUGA